AUGGAAGCGGAGGUUACUAUGGCGGAGGUUAUGACUCGCACCAAGGAUCUCGGAAUCCAUAUGAUUACCCACACAAAUACGGCAAUCCCUAUGGGGAUAAAUAUGGCCCAAACGGCUUGUUUAAUAACAAUUGGGAUCGGGCUUGGGCCUCGACCUUCUACGGUUAUCGCAAGUGAGCAAGGUUACAACUGUACUCAUGAACAGUAUUGUCCCUGCUGCUUAUAA